UUUCUUUUUUGAACAGCAAACGGAGGGAACUGCUCGCAUUGCCGCUGCCGCUGCUCCAGCCGCGUGUGUGUGUGUGUAAACAGGAUGGUGUAGCUGUAGCUGCCACACGCAAACACACAUUUGACCAUGAGGACUCUUCGCAGGUUGAAGUUCAUGAGUUCGCCCAGCCUCAGUGAUCUGGGCAAGAGAGAGCAGGCAGCCUUGGAUGAGCGGGGAACACAGCAGCGACGGGCCUGCUCCAACGCCACCUGGAACAGUAUCCACAAUGGAGUAAUAGCCGUGUUCCAGCGUAAGGGUCUCCCGGACCACGAACUUUACAACCUCAAUGAAGGAGUCAGGCAAUUAUUGAAAACAGAACUGGGAUCCUUUUUCACUGAAUAUCUACAGAAUCAGCUGCUCACAAAAGGCAUGGUGAUCCUAAGGGACAAGAUCCGAUUUUAUGAAGGGCAGAAACUACUGGAUACCUUAGCUGAAACCUGGGAUUUUUUCUUCAGUGAUGUCCUGCCCAUGCUUCAGGCUAUUUUCUAUCCCGUGCAGGGGAAGGAGCCCUCGGUUCGGCAGCUGGCUCUUCUGCACUUUAGGAAUAUAAUUACACUCAACAUUAAAUUGGAAGAUGCAUUAUCACGUUCCAGAGCCAGAGUUCCACCUUCCAUUAUUCAGAUGCUGUUAAUUCUCCAGGGGGUUCACGAGUCGAAAGGUGUGACUGAAGAUUAUUUGAAACUGGAAUCCCUGAUCCAGAAAGUCGUUUCUCCUUACUUGGGCACAUACGGUCUGUAUUCCAGUGACGGACCCUUCACACACUCUUCCUGUAUCUUGGAGAAGCGUUUCUUCAGGCGUUCAAAAUCGGGUGACAUCCUCGCCAAGAACCCCGUGGUGCGGUCAAAAAGUUACAACAAUCCACUGCUGACGCCAGUGGCCGAGUAUGAAACCGAGGGCAUGGCUGCCAAUGGAACAGGCAUCCGAAGGCACUCCGUUUCGGAAAUGACCUCCUGUCUGGAGCUGCAGGGGUACUCCAACCUCACCACCAUCAUGGACAAUGGUUCCAAGAGCUCCGUGACAGCCACGAAAAGCUCGCUGUCAGGAGACCAGGAGAGGCCCAGCAGUGGGUCAGUGCAGUGCUCUAGCAAACUCAGCACAGUUGAGCAACAGAAAGGACUCUUCCACUCAAUGGAUGACCCACAUAGGUCUUUUGAGCUGGACAGGGACCCUUCCUUGAUUCCAGUUCCCUCUUCCAGCCCUGAGAACAUAGUGGAUCAGAUUUUGGAGUCCAUCGACUCUGAUUCUGAAGGCAUUUUUAUUGAUUUUGGCCGAAGCUGUUCCAGUUCAUCGGCGUACAACGUGGACGUCAACAGACAGAGCAUCAUGUGAAGGACACUGGGAGACAAACCUCGGCUUUUAAUAUUCUCUGUGGAAGUUCCUGUCGCAUUGAGCCGGACUGUGGGCAUGGUGUUUGCGUCUAGGGUAGAGCCUCUGUUGCAGGUCAUCGCAGCUGUACUGAAGUACACAAACACCAGUUUACAGCAGGCAGGAAUCUGCUGCGAGGGAGAAGAAACUCCAGCCACUUCUCCCUGUCCCUGUCCCUCUGCAGUCGGAUCUACUGUUGUUGUUAUGAACUUGGAGGUUCACAAAGUGACAAGCGUCUGGUACAGUGCUGUUAGUGCAGCUGGCAGUGUUCGUUCAGUCAAACAGCCCAGCUAAUAGCUGUGUUCGCUUUUAAUUUUCU